GAGCGGUUUGAGAGUUUGAGCUGCUGGAGAGUUGGAGGCACAGCUUUACACACUAACUGGACUACAACCGAGCUACAAGUCACUGUCAAAGUCACCGGACCAACGACAAGACCCCUGGGGUGAGGAUAAGAUGGUGGACCGGCUUGCGAACAGCGAGGCCAACUCAAAGCGCAUCGCCGUGGUGGAGAGCUGCUUCGGCGCGGCGGGCCAACCUCUCGCCAUCCCGGGCCGCGUGCUGAUCGGCGAGGGCGUCCUCACCAAACUCUGCCGCAAGAAACCCAAAGCUCGCCAGUUCUUCCUCUUCAACGACAUCCUCGUCUACGGCAACAUCGUGAUCCAGAAGAAGAAGUACAACAAGCAGCACAUCAUCCCGUUGGAGAGCGUCACCAUCGACACCGUCCCCGACGAGGGCGACCUCCGCAACGGCUGGCUCAUCAAGACGCCGACAAAAUCCUUCGCCGUGUACGCAGCCACCGCCACCGAGAAGUCCGAGUGGAUGAACCACAUCGGGAAGUGCGUCGGCGACCUGCUGCAGAAGAGCGGGAAGGCUCCGACGGGAGAGCACGCCGCCGUCUGGGUCCCCGACUCGGAGGCGACGGUGUGCAUGCGCUGCCAGAAGGUGAAGUUCACGCCGGUGAGCCGCCGCCACCACUGCAGGAAGUGCGGCUUCGUGGUGUGCGGUCCGUGCUCGGAGAAGAAGUUCCUGCUGCCGAGCCAGUCGUCCAAACCCGUGAGAGUCUGCGAGUUCUGCUUCGUGCAGCUGACGUCGGGGAGCCUCGCGCCGCGCUCAGACUCCAUCGGGAGCAGGCCGGGGUCGAAGUUCAACAACCUGUCGGACGACGAGGACGAAGACGACAGCAGUGACUGAGGAAGAGGAGGAGGAGGAAGAGGAAGAGGAGACUCUGCUCAUCCUUUUGUUUUUGUUGUUUUGAUUCCUUUUUCCUCUCAGAUGAUCGGGAGAAACCAAAAUCUAUUUUCUUUCAGUCCAGCAGGGAUUCUUCAUCUUCUUCUUCUUCUUCUUCAUCAUCCUCUUCAUCAUCUUCAUCCUGAUUUAAACGUGGAAUAAAUCGGGGCGAGCGAGCAGCUGAACUUUUUCCUUUUUUUUUUCAGCUGCGAUGAGUCACUACAGAAACACAACGGUGCUAAAUGAGAAACGUCCCGUCUCCGUCUGUCCAGCUUUUUAUUUUUAUUUUUAUUUUUUUGUCCAUGAACUAAAAAAAAAACAACAACAACAACAAAAGUGUUUGCUUGUAAUUCUUCUGCAGGGAAAAGCAAAUAUUUGGGGCUCUAAUCUUUUUAUUAUUAUUAUUAUUUUUCUUUAUUUUCAGGUAUUAAAACCAAACAGGGCUAAUUUUUCCUUUUUCUUUUUUUUUUUUUUCUUCUUUUUUUUUUUAAUGUAUUGCAGCAAAAAAUCUUUUUCAUAAAUAACAAAAAAUGUAGAAACUAUGCUGAGCUUUUUUUUUUUUUCUUAGUGGAUUUUAAUAUAACUUUAGUUGCUUUUG